UUGCGCGGCAGCUGCCCACAUCCCAUUGUGCCUUCACGGCCCACUUGCACCUUAUUUCAGGAGGCAGAGUAAAAGGGAAGGUAUGCUACUGUGCAUUUUUCUUCAGGCCUUCAUACUGCAGCUCAUUUCACUUCAGAUCUUCAGCUUAUACUUGGUCUUUGUGUCCGUCCUUCAUCUUCAUACUUACUGUUCAUUUCAUUUCUGAUCUUCAUAUUGUCUGUUCUCUUAACGAUGCUCAUUCAUAUGUAUUUGUUAGUAGCACAAAGGGAGUAGAGGGGAGGGUGGAGGGAAAGGGAUAGUUCUAAACAUUCACCGCUGGAACAGACUACUCUAGAAUGGCACAGGGUUGCAAUUUUGUUUUUGUUGGGUUGAGGAGCAGUUAAUGCCUAUGGCAAGUGGCCACCCCUACAGACCGGACAGGACCGGCUUGGGUGUGGACUAUGGAAGCACCACAUCCAAUUUUCGCAGUCACAGUUGCUGCAUCAAAUGGCGCGGCGCAGACAGAUGUCACAGGCUACAUGGCUCCUAUAUGCUAGGAACACAGAGGCACGUCGACCGCAAUUAUAGAGGCAUUGCCGUUCCUGCCCGUCUACAAAUUGGACAUGACAUGUCAGGGUGCCGUACAUGAGUAUACUGACUGUCGGCGUACGUAUGGAAGCAAAAACUCGCAUGGACUAUCUCUUCACAAUCCUCACGACACAAGGCAUGCGAACCACAUGCUAGUUGAAUCUCCGGAGGGUCAUCACAAAGUGGCAUGGAACAUCUUUCUUGGGCUUCCUCUGUAUUUAUUCCUUCUCUAUGGGCAGACGACGACAGGGAGGAUCGGUCCAAACUUCUCCAAAGCAAGGGCGUUCAGCUGCUGCAGGAUUUGGUCCGCAACAACUUGCCCUGGUGGUGAUGAACUAUGAGCACAUCGCUCUGCUGGUGGUUCAUAUAGAAGUCUAUUUUCGUCCUUGGACUGCUGUGUCCGUCGUUUGUCUGGAAAGAAAGAGGGAGAUCUGUCAUCGGUUGCUGUAGGUGCAUGACCAACACCGCAUGCGGGACAUGCUAGGAGAGGAUGUGGAGGGUGAUGGCACCGGGGAUAGUCCACGCAGUAAAGACACAUACUUUCUAUGACAGCUUCCUGGAAGCAUCGAGGACACAUGGCAUGUUGCUGACAUGUCAUUAUUCUCUCGUGAAGACAUUGAAGACAAUCAACAGCGCACAGUAUCGACAUCAACCUCAGCAAGGGAAGCUGGGCAGUCAAUUGCAGGCCGUUCCGAGGAGCCUGGAUCUGAUCAGCAGCGUGCUCUUGAAGCCCAAACUAAUGCUGAAUCCAAAGGCUGACGUAGUCCAAGUAUUGUACACUGAGCCUUGGGAGGAGUCUAAAGAGGUCGACCUCCACGCCCACAUGAAGCAUUGGCUACAGCUCAAGCAGCAACGCCGUGUUCAAGGGAGCGUGGAGCUGAUUUUCUUUAAACUACUCAUUAACCGCCGAUACAUCCGUGUGUUGAUUGACAGUGGUUCGGCCACUAAUUUCUUCUCUCCGAACGGGAUUCGUAAGGCGGGCCUGGGUAUGAAGCAAGUGGAACUGCAGAACCCUUGUCGGACUCAGGUGGGCAACCAAGAGGUUGUCACCUCUACUCAUGCUGUCAAAGGUGUGCGCAUCACCUUUGACAAAGAUCGCACUGUCACACAUGAGCUAAAUUUUUAUGUCUUGGACAAGUGUCCGUUCGACGCGGUCAUUGGCUUGGGCUGGCUAAAGGCUCAUUGCCUAAGGACCACAUGGGCGGACAAUCAGUUCGUGGUUCUCGAUGCCGAGGGGAACGAGCGUACCGUCUUACUAGAUGAGACGCGCGAGUCCCUUGUGACUCUUCUAAGUGCAAACAAAUUCUGCAGGUCAGUGCGUAGGCGCAAGGAGGCUGAGUUUGUACAUAUAGCUCUUGUAAAGCCUUUCCAUGUGCCUUCUACUUUUGCUGCAUUUUCUUCUUCUGAAGGUAACUCUACUACUUUUACUUCUGUUCCACCUACUUCUGCUGUAAAUAAUCAAUCUAAUUCUGAUCCGAAUGCCUCAAAACCGGUUGUGAUUGCGGUAAAUUCCCAAUCUGAUUUUCUCUCGCCUGAUGAGGAUGAUCCUCCACCCGAAAUCCCAGCAAACAUUUGCCUCCUAUUAGAUCGAUUCCCGGAAGUGUUGGCUGAACCGCGCGGAGUUCUCGAGCGUCCAGCCAAGCACAAAAUCGAGAUAAUAGAAGGGAGUGUUCCUCCAAAGGUCUGCGUCUGUCGUAUGGGACAAGGCGGGUUGGAGGACCUGCGGAGACAGAUCGAUGACAUGAUUGACCGUGGAUGGAUUAGGCCUAGUGAGUCUGAGUUUGGUGCCCCUGUCCUGUUUGUACCGAAGAAAGGAGGCAAGCUCCGAAUGUGCAUUGACUAUCGUGGCUUGAACCGGAUCAGUAGAAAGAAUGCGUACCCUUUGCCUCGCAUAGAUGAUCUGUUGGAUGCGGCCGGUGGUUGCAAGGUCUUCUCCAAAAUUGACCUCAAGUCUGGCUACCACCAGAUUGAAGUCGAUCCGAGUGACCAGCACAAAACCGCGUUCAAGACACGCGAUGGGAUGUACGAAUGUAUCGUUAUGCCCUUCGGCCUUACGAAUGCACCAGCCACAUUUCAGUCCCUCAUGGACAAGGUACUCCGCCACCAACUUAACAGGUUUGUGGUUGUGUAUCUUGAUGACAUUCUGAUUUUCAGCAAGUCCAUGGAGGAGCACGUCAAGCAUCUUGAGGAGGUCUUGCAAGUCCUCAAAGAUGCUCAACUGCACCUCAACUUGGAGAAGUCUGAGUUUGGCAGGGACAACGUCAUCUAUCUUGGGCACCGAUUGUCUGUGAGCGGCCUUGAGCCGGAGGCAACCAAGGUUGAGGUCAUCCGCAACUGGCCUCAACCGGCAAAUGUACGCGAGCUGCGUUCUUUUCUCGGUUUGGCUUCUUACUACCGGAAGUUUGUGCCUAAAUUCUCUGUCAUUGCUCAYCCACUYUCACGCCUGACUAGUAAAAAUGUUGCCUWCGCGUGGUGUGAAAAGUGUGAGACUGCGUUCCAAGCCUUGAAAGAGGCUUUGAGAACCAAGGUUCACAGGCAUAAGCCUUAUGGCCUGCUGAGACCUCUCCCAAUCCCUGAUGGCCCCAGGGAAUCUGUCUCUAUCGAUUUCACGGACAUGGGGAAGGUGAGUACGGCAGGGAACUCACAAGUCAUGGUCAUUGUGGAUCGCUUCUCUAAAUUUCUGAAUCUGAUUCCUCUACCUCCUCAUGCACCGACCGAACUGGUGAUCGAAGAGUUUCACCAGCAGUACAUUCUGCAGUAUGGGCCCCCGAAAACUCUUGUGAGUGAUCGGGACACCAGAUUCAUCAGCAAGGAUUGGAAGGACUUCACUGCCCAGAUCUAUGACAUCAAACUGAACAUGACUUCUGGCCGACACCCCGAAGCCAAUGGAUUGGCUGAGGAAAUCAACCAGACCGUCACCCAGCUGCUGCGCGCAGUAAUUGUGCCAGAUUAGAACACAUGGGAUAAGGACUUGCAUAAAGUAAAAGGAUGUACAACAA